AUGUCAUUUUUAAAAUUAACAAAAUCAAUUCAAAAAAUUAAUAAUUUUAAUAAUAAUAAAAUUAAUUUAAUAAAUAAAUAUUUUUCAACAACAAACAUUAAUAAUAGUGGUGGUGGUGGUAAUAUUAAAUUAAAUGAUGGUAGAAUAUUUAAAUUUGAAGAUAAACAAACACCAUUAACAAUUGCUAAUAAAAUUAAUAAAACAAUUGGUAAACAAUCGAUUUUAUCAAGAUUAAAUGGUAAUAAAUUAAUUUCAAUGAAAGAAAUCAUUGAAAUGAGUGGUAAAGAUUAUAAUAUUGAAUUUUUAAAUUUUGAAGAACAUUCAGAUGCAAGAAUUUGUUUUUGGAAUUCAAGUUCAUUAGUAUUGGCACGUGCAACAAUGGAAUAUUUUAAAAAUGAAAAUAAAGAAAUUGAAUUAAUUAAUUUUGGUCAUUUAGUAAAUCCACAAACUGCCGAUAACAUUAAUCAAGGUACAUUUUAUAUUGAUAUAUUUUUUAAAGAUAAAAAUCAAACUAUUAAAGAUAAUGAUAUAAAUAAAAUUAAAAAAAUUAUGGAAUAUAUUGUAAAAAGAAAUGAUAAAUUUGAAAUUUUAAAAAAUGAUCAACAAGACCAAGAUCAAGAUCAAGAGGAGAGUUUUAUAAAAUUUGGUGAAUUUAAAUUUAAAAAUAAUUUUUUAACAAUUGAUUCAAGUAAUUCAAUUGUAUCAUUAGAUUUAAUUAAAAAUAGUUCAGUUGUUGGACCAAAUAAAGAAUAUUCAGAACUUCAACGUAUUGUUGGUAUUUCAUUCCCAAGUAAAGAUCAAAUGAAUAAUUGGGUAGAGAUUCAAAAGAUUGCAGCAUUACGUGAUCAUAGAGUGAUUGGUAAAGAUCAAGAACUUUUCUUUUUUCAUCCAUUUAGUCCUGGUAGUUGUUUCUUUUUACCACAUGGUACAAAGAUUUAUAAUAAACUUUUACAAUUCCUACGUUUGGAAUAUCGUAAACGUGGUUAUCAAGAAGUUAUAUCACCAAAUAUUUAUAAUCAAAAACUUUGGGAAACUUCAGGUCAUUGGGAUAAUUACAAGGAUAAUAUGUUUUCAUUUGAAUGUGAUCAUACUCAAUACUCUUUAAAACCAAUGAAUUGUCCGGGCCAUUGUUUAAUGUAUGCUCAUAGAGCACGUAGUUAUAAAGAGUUGCCUAUGCGUAUUGCUGAUUUCGGAGUUUUACAUCGUAAUGAAACCCAUGGCUCUCUAUCUGGUCUCACUAGGGUAAGACGUUUUCAACAAGAUGAUGCUCAUAUCUUUUGUACACCAGAUAUGAUUCGUGAAGAGAUUAAACAAUGUUUAGACUUUAUGAAAUAUGUUUAUACAAUCUUUAAUUUCACUUUUCAUUUAGAAUUAUCAACUCGUCCAGAUUCUUAUCUUGGUGAAUUAUCAGUUUGGGAAAAAGCUGAAACUUCACUCUCUCAAGUUUUAACUGAAUUUUGUGGUGAUAAAUGGACAAUUAAUCAUGGUGAUGGUGCUUUCUAUGGUCCAAAAAUUGAUAUUCAUCUUAAAGAUGCAAAUGGUAAAAAUCAUCAAUGUGCAACAAUUCAAUUAGAUUUUCAAUUACCAAUUCGUUUUAAUUUAGAAUAUUCUGGUGGAUUAAAUAAUAAUAAUAAUAAUAAUAAUAAUAAUGAAGAAAUAAAUGAUAAUAAUAACAAUAAUUCAUUAAAUCGUCCAGUUAUGAUUCAUCGUGCUUUAUUUGGUUCAGUUGAAAGAAUGAUGGCAAUUUUAAUGGAACAUACUGCUGGUAAAUGGCCAUUUUGGUUAUCACCACGUCAAUGUAUUGUAAUUCCAGUUUCAAAUAAAUUUAAUCAAUUUGCUCAAGAAAUUCAAUCUAAAAUUAAUUUAGCUGGUUAUGAUGUUGAUGUAGAUUUAAAUGAUUCAAAAUUAUUAUCAAAGAAAAUUCGUGAAGCUACAGUCUCUCAAUAUAAUUAUAUCAUUGUAGUUGGUCAAGAAGAAAUUGAUACAAAUAUUUUAAAUGUUAGAAAACGUGAUUUACCUGAAGAUAAUAAACAAGUUAAAUUAUCUUUAAAUGAUUUAUUUUCUGAAUUUAAAUUAAAUAUUGAACAAUUUAAAUAA